CACACCACUUCCUCGCCUCUUGCAGCUUGUCGGUGUGACAAAGUUUCCCUUCCGCUGGCAGGCUGCUGUCACACAGCCACCAUGUUAUCCCAUUCCCGGUGUCUCACCAGGAAUUUUGGCCGUUCUCUCUCUGCCAUCCGUCAGGGGAAUAAUGUGUUAGCUCGUCGGGCCUCAGGAGCCCUCUCAGUCAACCACUCUGUUACUUUCAACAAAAAUUUAAAAUCUGAUCCCCGGUCCAGCGUCUUCCAGAUCCAGUACUUCAGGACGUCUGUAGCCUACAGAAAUGAAGUCGUCACAGUCAAGACCCCUGCAUUUGCAGAAUCUGUCACAGAGGGGGACGUGAGGUGGGAGAAAGCUGUUGGAGACACCGUCUCAGAAGAUGAGGUGGUGUGCGAAAUUGAGACUGACAAGACUUCAGUGCAAGUUCCCUCUCCUGCUGCUGGAGUGAUCGAGGAGCUUUUGGUUCCUGAUGGAGGAAAAGUCGAGGGAGGAACUCCGCUCUUUAAGCUUCGAAAAGGAGCCGGCGCUCCCAAAGCUGCAGAAGCUCCAAAGGCCGAGGCCCCAGCCGCUGCAGCCCCCCCCCCACCUUCUGCUGCACCUCCUCCACCUCCUCCCCCCACCUCAGCUGUGGGUCCCAUUCCUACUACUAUGCCCCCUGUGCCACCUGUGCCAGCACAUGCUAUGGACUCCAAACCAGUUUCAGCCAUAAAGCCCACUACUGCCACAGCAGCACCAGUGGCCCCAGCAGAGGGUGGAGCUAAAGGUGCCAGGACAGAGAGCAGGGUUAAGAUGAACCGCAUGAGACUGAGAAUUGCCCAGAGACUGAAGGAAGCCCAAAACACCUGCGCUAUGUUGACUACGUUCAAUGAGGUCGACAUGAGUAACAUCUCAGAGAUGAGGAAGUCUUACAAAGAUGCCUUCCUGAAAAAGCAUAACAUCAAGUUGGGUUUCAUGUCUGCAUUUGUGAAGGCUGCUGCCUACGCUCUGGCUGACCAACCUGCUGUCAAUGCCGUAAUUGAUGACACAACCAAAGAGAUUGUGUACAGGGACUACGUCGACAUCAGUGUGGCUGUGGCCACACCAAAGGGUUUGGUGGUUCCUGUAAUUCGAAGUGUGGAGGGAAUGAAUUUUGCUGAUAUUGAGAAGGCCAUCAAUUUGUUGGGAGAAAAGGCCCGCAAGAAUGAGCUGGCUGUAGAAGACAUGGACGGCGGGACCUUCACCAUCAGUAACGGUGGCGUGUUUGGGUCCAUGUUCGGCACACCUAUCAUCAAUCCACCACAGUCUGCUAUCUUAGGCAUGCAUGGCAUCUUUGACAGGCCUGUUGCAGUCGGUGGCAAGGUGGAGAUCCGUCCCAUGAUGUACGUUGCACUGACGUACGACCAUCGCCUGAUCGAUGGAAGAGAGGCCGUCACUUUCCUGCGCAAGAUCAAGUCAGUUGUGGAGGACCCCAGGGUGCUGCUCCUUGACAUGUGAACCUUGUGAACUCCAGGCCCAACCAAACAAACCACCCUACACAAACAGUGGCUGGUCUCACCCGAUGAACAUUACCGUAACUGCAGUUGAUGUAUUUUGUUGUAUUGGUUAACUAGGGAAAAAAAUGAUUUUUUUGGGAAACAGUUGGGUCGUGUGAUGGACGUUUGUAAGGCUGGGAGAGGUGAAAGGUUUGGUGCUGUUGUGUUGAAAUGUCAGGGUCUGGGGUUUCUGUGGUGCUGGUCUUUAGAUCAAAACAGGAUAUUACUUAUGUGGGCCAUAUGUCAUUUUCUACAUACAACAUUUUCAACCUAUUACGAGAUGAAUUGCAAAUAUAGAUAAACUGAAUAGUAUCAUUUUACUAUUUUGGGUGAGAGAAGAACAAUGAGCACAUAUUGGGCCAGAAACCAAGAAACACUAUGUUCUAAAAUGUAAAAAAAAGAAAAAAAACCUCUGGAUUUAUGCCAUCUGUUUCACAAAAAGCUCGAUAUGCUGUGUAAGAAAGACUAUUUAAGAAAAAGAACGUUUUAAAGAAUAAAAGCUGCAUUACUCGACUGUG